AUUUAGAAGGGGGGGGGUUCUGGGAAAAGGAGAGAGAGGUCUCCUGCAGCAGGUCUCCAAUCAGUUUGUGUAGACACAGAGGACGGAGGAGAGGAAGCCCGGGGACAUGCUCCGUAUCCUUCAUCGUUCCCCCGCACCCAGAGGCGACGCAUGACUCCUGAGUGCCGUCAUGGGCAAAAGAGGCCCCGGGGCCACUUCAAUGUCAGCGCACUCACGUAGCAGAGGACGCUACCUCUGGUGUCCAAAAGAGCAGGGGCGGCGGUGGUGGACUCCAUCACAGUUGUGAAACACUAUGAAGGCAAAAGGUACAGCGUGUGAGGGUCUCUGGGCGCCGCAGUGAGAGCCAUGGAUCACCUUUUCCGGAGGAAGCGGGUCGGUCUGCUGAAGCCCCUGCUGAGUCUGUCUCUAGUCUUCGCCUCUUUCCUCAUGAUCCACAAGCUGAAACUGGCAGAGAAGGACGGAGUGGGGGUUAAACACGCCAGGGAGACCGGCUGGUGCGGCUCUGAGUGUUUUUCAUUCAAGAAGGGGAUCGUGAAAAACAGUUUGGGGAGCUCGGAGUCUCCGGCGCCAAGCAACGAUUUGGACGCGCAGCGGGUCUCCAAUGUGACCCCGGCUUCCUGGGACGCACAGGUUCUCAACUGCAGCGAGGACGCGUCGGUGAGGACCCAGGACUGGUUCCGACGCUUGGACCCGAGGUUUCACCAGUUCGUCCUGCACAGACACUGCAGGUACUUCCCCAUGCUCAUCAACCACCCGGAGAAAUGCGCGGACGGAGAGGUGCACCUCCUCAUGGUGGUCAAAUCCGUUAUCGAGCAGCACGACCGGCGGGAGGCGGUGCGCAAAACCUGGGGCAAAGAGCACACGGUGGAUGGGAAGAAAAUCAAAACUUUAUUUCUUUUGGGGAGCCCGACAACCGGCAAAGACACCAAGAACCUCCAGAAACUGAUCGAGUACGAGGAUCGGAUCUACGGGGACAUCCUCCAGUGGGACUUUAUGGACACUUUCUUCAACCUGACCCUGAAGGAGGUCAACUUUCUCAAGUGGUUCGACAUCUACUGCUCCGGGGUGCAGUUCAUAUUCAAAGGAGAUGACGAUGUGUUUGUGAACACGCGCAACCUGCUGGAGCUCAUCGGCUUCAAGGUGGAGGAGCGCAAAGAAGCAGACCUGUUUGUGGGGGACACCAUCUCCAAGGCGAUCCCGAUCCGAAACCGGCAGAGCAAAUACUACAUCCCCAAAGAGCUGUACGAUAAGCCAUAUCCCCCUUAUGUGGGAGGUGGGGGGUUUCUGAUGUCCUCCCAGCUGGCCAGGAGGCUCUUCGUGGUCUCGGAGGACCUGGAGUUGUACCCGAUUGACGACGUGUUUUUGGGGAUGUGCCUGCAGAAGCUGCACUUGGCCCCUGAGUUGCACCCUGGCUUCAGGACCUUCGGCAUCGCCAGGCGCAGGGUGAGCCCCAUGAACAGCGAGCCCUGCUUUUAUAAAAACCUGAUCGUGGUGCACAAGCUGAGCGCGCAGGAGCUGCUCAGGAUGUGGAGCGUGGUGCACAACGCAGAACUGAUAUGCGCUCAAAAGACCUCCAUAUGAUUGUCAGUGAAUCAAUUCCCCUAAAGCCGAACUGGCAGCCGGGAUACGUAGAAGACCAUCGUAGAUCGUGAUCUUUGCUGAUUUAUCAUAGCAAACAGCUGUGAUACAAACAUGUAUGUUUUCAUCCAAACUGUUUUUAUUCAGUCAACUUUUCAAUGUUCACUAAUUUGAGCUUUUUCUAUAUGUCAGAUUAAAAAGGUUGGGUUUCCUCUCCACUAGUCCUCCUGAUACUUUGAUUUUUUUUUUCCAUUUUGUGAAACCACUACCACACAACUCCACACUGUGCCAGCGUCCCAGGAAGGUGUGUAGGUUCCUGAUUCUUGGUGCCAUUUCAGCUUGGUGUUCGUCAAUGUUCAUCUGUGAUCAAGUGUGGAUGUAAGAUACAUGGCUGUGAUGGUUUUAGUGCGCGUUUGUGCAGGCAUAAAUAAGACUUGACUUGUUGCAUCCAGGUGUUCCUCUCAAACUGCUGAUUUUAUUGUCAAUUUCUGAUUUUAAGUUAACGACGUUGGACUCUCAGCACAAAACAAACAGCUGCCUUCAUGGUGGAGUGAUGACUCUGUAGGGUACUGACAUUGUACAAAUCAAAUGAUUAGAUUUUUUUGUAAGUUAAUAUAUUAUGUUAUUCCACCUUUUAUUUUUGAAGUGUUAAUUCAUUUCUGUAUAAUUUCCAGAAGCAGGCCAGAAACCAAAGAAACUAAAUGGCUGUAACAC